GCGACCCGGAAGGUUUGCGCGCGGCUCCGCACCGAGCCGGAGCCGGAGCCCGGAGCCGGAGCCCCAGCCCGGCCCUACUCGGGCCGCCGGGCGCGGGGCUGCGGCCGCGUCCCGGAGCCGCCGCCAGCACAGCCAGGUGCUGUUGGGAACACAGAGGAAGUGACUGACUGGGGGUUCAGGGAAAGCUCCGUAGAAGAGGGAACACUUGAGCUGGGUCUUGAAGGAUGAGUAGAAGUUCACCAAGUGGGAAAGGACACUCUAGGAUGGCCGAGCCUCGAUUUAACAACCCCUACUUCUGGCCCCCUCCUCCAACCAUGCCCAGCCAGCUGGACAACCUGGUCCUGAUUAACAAGAUCAAGGAGCAGCUGAUGGCGGAGAAGAUCCGGCCGCCUCACCUGCCGCCCACGUCGGCCUCGUCGCAGCAGCCGCUCCUCGUGCCGCCGGCGCCGGCCGACAGCAGCCAGGCCGUCAUGUCGCUGCCCAAGCUGCAGCAGGUGCCGGGGCUGCACCCGCAGGCCGUGCCGCAGCCUGACGUGGCGCUGCACGCGCGGCCGGCCACCAGCACGGUCACAGGUCUGGGGCUGUCCUCCCGGACCCCGGCUGUGAGCACGUCUGAGUCGAGUGCGGGCACGGGUACCAGCACCCCAUCCACACCCACCACCACCAGCCAGAGCCGCCUCAUCGCCUCGUCCCCCACCCUCAUCUCAGGGAUCACCAGCCCCCCCCUCCUGGACUCCAUCAAGACAAUCCAGGGCCACGGCCUGCUUGGCCCCCCCAAGUCCGAGCGCGGCCGAAAAAAGAUCAAGGCGGAGAAUCCAGGGGGGCCGCCUGUCCUCGUAGUCCCCUACCCCAUCCUGGCCUCGGGCGAGACUGCCAAGGAGGGCAAGACAUACAGGUGUAAGGUAUGCCCGCUGACCUUUUUCACCAAGUCUGAGAUGCAGAUCCACUCCAAGUCGCACACAGAGGCCAAGCCCCACAAGUGCCCGCACUGCUCCAAAUCCUUUGCCAACGCCUCCUACCUGGCCCAGCACCUGCGCAUCCACCUGGGCGUCAAGCCCUACCACUGCUCCUACUGUGAUAAGUCCUUCCGACAGCUCUCCCACCUCCAACAGCAUACCAGAAUCCACACAGGCGACAGACCCUACAAGUGCCCACAUCCUGGCUGCGAAAAGGCUUUCACUCAGCUCUCCAACCUCCAGUCUCACCAGCGCCAGCACAACAAGGACAAGCCCUACAAGUGUCCCAACUGCUACCGGGCCUACUCGGACUCCGCCUCCCUGCAGAUCCACCUCUCGGCCCAUGCCAUCAAGCAUGCCAAGGCCUACUGCUGCAGCAUGUGCGGGCGGGCCUACACCUCGGAGACCUACCUGAUGAAGCACAUGUCCAAACACACGGUGGUGGAGCACCUGGUGAGCCAUCACUCGCCCCAGAGGACGGAGUCCCCCGGCAUCCCGGUGCGAAUUUCCCUCAUCUGA